GCAUUCCUCCCUCAGGAAUUCAAAUAUCGUCGCUUUAACAGAUCUAAAGGUAACACAAGAUGGCCUCACGUACCGCCUCCAAGGAUGUAAUCACUCUGAAAGGCUCUGCCGCCAUUGUUAGCGAGUUCUUUGGGUAUGCGGCGAAUAGCAUUCUUUAUAAUCGAGGGGUUUAUCCUGAAGAAAGCUUUCUCAAAGUCAAGAAGUAUGGCCUCCCCAUGCUCUUAACACAGGACGAAGAGGUCAAAUCUUACAUUGCUAGCAUCACUUCUCAGUUAUCAGAAUGGCUGGAGGCUGGUAAAUUGCAGAGGAUUGUUCUUGUGAUCAUGAGCAAGGCCACAUCUGAAGUUCUGGAACGUUGGAACUUCAAUAUAGAGACAGAUGCUGAGGUGAUUGAGAAAGGAGUGAUUAGAGAAAAGAGUGACAAGGAAAUUAUGAGGGAAAUCCAAGCUAUCAUGCGCCAGAUAGCUUCUUCCAUAACUUACCUGCCUUGUUUUGAUGAACAAUGUGUAUUUGAUGUUUUGGCCUAUACGGACAGAGAUGUGGCUGUUCCAUUUACUUGGAUUGAAAGUGAUGCGAAGCUGAUCCAGAACCCCCAGAUGGUGAAACUGCAUUCUUUUGAUACUAAGAUUCACAAGGUGGAUACAAUGGUUUCUUACAAAGUUGAUGAAUGGGAUGAGGAAUAAAGGAUGGAAGUUGGCUUAGUAGUGAAAGAUUUCAUUCACAUUUAAGUGUCGGUUUGUGUGAUGAACAGUUUACAAUGUAAGAUCACUGCAAGCCAUCACUGUAAUGUAGAAAUAUUUUCUGGGGAUUUGGUUUCUCAGUUUUUUAGCGUAGAAAUGUCGGAAUUAUGUGUGUGUUAUUCUUUGCGUUCCUUGUUUCACUUGCUUUGGAGAAUGUGAAGCGCUUUUCAGCUGUA